AAUUGGACAUGGCCUUAUCGGGAGCCGCCUCCUCCCUCGCCCAAUCCUCUCCCGGACCGAGAGACCUCGGAGUACGCCAUCCCCUCCUCCCCGCAGCCGGCUCCUGUCCCCAAGAAACCCCCCGUACGUGGCCACCCUCUCUAGCAUACAAGGGCGGCCAUGCGACUGCCCGUCCGGCGAUGGGAGCGCGCGGUGCGACAUGGUGAAGCAACUCAAGGUGUUGAUGCCCUCUUGCCUCCACAAGCUGGUAAGCCGUAUGAACAAUGCCCCCCCACCCAUCACCACCACACCAUCUAAUCCUCAUCACUGCCAAUACGAUGAAUGCGUAUGUCUGGUCCAUUGUGCAGCGCAUCUCCGACCAGUUCGCCGAGCACUUGGGUGCCUGUGCACGAGGAACCGGGAUGCCCCACCCAAAGGUCUUUGUAGUCAGCUCAUUCGGCAAAAUCUUUCACGUCGAUAUCGGCCGGGAUGGCAAGGGCGCGUUCUUGGGUUACGGAUGGCCCGAGUUCGUGAAAGCGAGCGGCUUCGGCUUAGGGUGGUUCUUGGUGCUCCAGCAUGAAGGUCGUGGGGUGCUCACCGUCAAGGCCUUCGACCUCACGUGGUGCCUCAAGGAGUUGGGCGGCUUUCCGCCCUCUACAGAACCUAGAAGCAACAUAUACGCUUCUUCGCGUAAACCGCAAUUCAUUAUGGUUCUCUUUCCAAGUUUCAUGGACAAGAUGGUUUGCAAUCUUCCUGCUACUCUGUUUUCCUACCAAUCAAUGGCGGAGCUACCCAACCAAAGCUGGGCGGGCCAAUAUGAAGGAAUAUCACAAUAUUUUUUUUCUUGUGGCUCAGUUUAUUUUAAUCCUACAUUGUAUUAGCUUUGGAAUGGGCGGGCCAUAGCCCAUUUUCAUUACAUGUAGCUCCGCCAGUGCUACCACUGUGUCUCUUGCUGCAACUCCUAGACUUGAAACGCACGAGGGGUAGUGAGUACUACUUGUGUUCUUGCAGCCGAUCCCGCCAACUUUUGUACAACGGUACCUCUCCGAGGCGCACCCAAGCAACAAAAAAGCUUUCAUUGUCAGCCAGUUUGACGUCCCCGAGGCGCACCGAAGCAGCAAAAUUGCUUUUGCUGGCAGCCCAUUUGACAAACAUUGGUGCGUCGAGGUCGAGAAGGACGGAUCUGCGAUAUUCCUUGCAGCUGGUUGGUCGCAGUUCUUGGUGUUUCAUGGCAUCUCACAAGGUGAUGUUGUUCUAUUGAGCUCCGAAGGCAAUAUGUUGUUCGAAAUCGAAGUGUUCGAGUUGAGCGGAUGCCACAAGGGCAUAGGAAUUCAAGAAAGUGAGUUAAUCGCUUAGUUCUUCAAAGUACUCCCUCUGGUCCUUUUUACU